GACUCAAACCUUUUCAUCAUCUACAGUUACUAUAAAAACUUAUACAGUUAGCUAUAAAAAUAAGUGUCAUCUAGAUUUAGCACAAUGUAAAAGACCGUAUAGCUUCUAGAUUUGUUGAAAAGAUAUAAACGAUCACCAUGAACAACUGACACGAAAUGGCAGAAAAUUUGUCGUGCGGAUCUGAACCGAUCGAAUUUUACAACACAACGUUUGGAUUCGAAUCUGCUCUUCCUGAAUGGGAAGCACUUUUAACCAUCUUUACGUUGUCGCUAAUAAUAAUAAUGACAGUAGUUGGUAAUAUAUUAGUAAUACUUAGCGUUUUUACUCACCGGCCGCUUCGCAUUGUACAGAACUUUUUUAUUGUAUCGCUUGCUGUCGCCGAUUUAACAGUAGCAAUACUCGUAAUGCCAAUAAAUGUCGCAUAUUCUAUAAUAGGUAGAUGGUUGUUUGGUAUUCAUAUCUGUAAGAUGUGGUUAACUUCUGACGUAAUGUGCUGUACCGCUUCAAUUCUGAAUUUGUGCGCGAUUGCGUUAGAUCGCUUUUGGGCUAUUACCGACCCUAUUAAUUAUGCUCAGAAACGAACUUUAAAGAGGGUGCUUUUAAUGAUUGGUGGUGUGUGGCUGCUGUCGUUAAUAAUUAGCUCGCCACCGUUACUAGGUUGGAACGAUUGGCCGGAUACCGAAGACUUUUUAAAUGAACCUUGUCAGUUGACACAACGAAAGGGUUACGUUAUUUACUCUUCAUUAGGUUCAUUUUUUAUUCCGCUGUUUAUAAUGACUAUAGUUUACGUUGAAAUCUUCAUAGCUACAAAACGUCGAUUAAGAGAACGUGCGCGUGCUUCCAAAAUUAAUACAAUAGCGUCAAAAACGCAUAUUAAUUCCGAAAAAGAAAAGGAAUCUACGAAAUGUUCGAGGGAUCGAGAGUCAGUAAGUAGCGAAACAAAUCACAAUGAACAUCCAAACCUUUCCGAUGUUACGAACGGCAAGUGCAAAGAUAAAAAGCGCCAAAAGUGCAAAAAGAAGAAGAAGUUACACGAAAAGGACAACGUUUACUUAAAACCGGUACUGAUCCAUGAGGACUCUUUUACCGAUAAUCCCGAAAAUUCUCCCAGUCCCGUUCGACGUAACUCAAAUCCCUGCACUUCAGAAAACCAACCGGUCACUUCGUCUUCGACGGCAACCUCUACGACGCCCCCUUCGGCCAAUAAACAAAUGUUAAAAAAUGAACAGAAAACGGUGGUAAUAAACGAGCCGGGUAUUAAAAAACCAGGGGCAGUCUACCAAUUUAUUGAGGAAAAACAACGCAUAUCGCUUUCAAAGGAAAGACGUGCCGCACGAACUCUCGGAAUUAUUAUGGGAGUUUUUGUGGUUUGUUGGCUACCUUUUUUCUUAAUGUACGUCAUCACUCCAUUUUGCUCAUUAUGCUGCCCCUCAAGGAGAGUAACUAGCUUUAUUACUUGGUUAGGUUACAUUAAUUCCGCCUUGAAUCCUAUUAUUUAUACCAUCUUUAACUUAGAUUUUCGCAAAGCCUUUAAAAAAUUAUUGUUCAUGCAAGUGUAAAUAUUAAAAGGCAAGCUGUAAAUUUUUACCGUGUUAAAUUGUGUUAAUGCAAGACUGCGUAUUCCGUAAUGUAUAUAAAUGUACUCAACUUUGAAAUGUAGUUAGGUAUCUAUAUGAAUGAUCAUUCCUUUCGCUGAAUGCAUUUCUGUAGUGUAAUGAGCCCGUACUGCAAAAUGCAUUUGGAUUGAGUAUUUUUAUAGUCAAAGUUUUAUAAGAUAUGAACAUUUCUUAUUUGUUACCUAUGUACAUAUCAUAACAUUGUUUUUAACGCACUAGAUGUAGAUUUAAGUUAAAGCCAAAGUGUGAUAACUAAAAAUUGUUACGAGAAAAUGAAUA